GUUAACAGAGGAGGUCGUUGAUGACCCAUCAGUGACUACUGGAAUAGGGUUUGAGCUACGAUUCAAUUGUAAUUGUCUUAUUAUGGCGUCGGGGCUAUUAUCCAGGACUCUCUUUGCUCACCGCCUUCUUAAGUCUUCCACUUUCUCAAUCUCCACCAGCCCCAAUUUCUUUAAGAAACCAUUCUUCUCCCAAGCUGCACCAACCUAUUUCUCUAACAAGGUAGGGGGUUCUGUUACUUGUCGUGUGGCUUCAUCAAGAAUAGGAACACAGGCGACAUUCACAAUACAAGCUGUCUCCAACAAUGAACCUGUAGUUUCAGUUGAUUGGCUCCAUGCAAACCUCAAAGAGCCUGAUGUGAAGGUGUUAGAUGCAUCUUGGUACAUGCCAAACGAGCAGAGAAACCCUUUUCAAGAGUACCAGGUGGCACACAUUCCGGGAGCACUCUUCUUUGAUGUAGAUGGUAUAUCAGAUCGUACAACAAAUUUGCCACAUAUGCUGCCAUCUGAAGAAGCAUUUGCAGCUGCUGUAUCUUCUCUUGGAAUUGAGAACAAAGACGGGGUUGUUGUCUAUGAUGGGAAGGGCAUUUUUAGUGCAGCUCGUGUAUGGUGGAUGUUUCGAGUUUUUGGACAUGACAGAGUUUGGGUUUUAGAUGGUGGCUUGCCAAGAUGGCGUGCUUCUGGAUAUGAUGUCGAAUCCAGCGCGUCUGGCGACGCAAUUUUGAAAGCUAGCGCUGCCAGUGAAGCAAUAGAGAAAGUAUAUCAAGGACAGACGGUUGCACCUAUUACCUAUCAGACCAAGUUUCAGCCACAUCUCGUCUGGACCCUUGAUCAGGUUUGGAAGAACGUUGAAGGGACAACAUAUCAGCAUAUAGAUGCUCGAUCCAAAGCUAGGUUUGAUGGUGUUGCACCAGAGCCUCGAAAAGGAAUAAGAAGUGGUCAUGUACCUGGGAGCAAGUGCAUUCCUUUUACACAGAUGCUGGAUGGCUCUCAGACACUAUUAUCUAAUGAAGAGCUCAAGAAAAAAUUUGAUCAGGAAGGUGUCUCUUUAGACAAACCUAUAGUAACUUCCUGUGGCACUGGGGUAACAGCUUGCAUACUUGCCUUGGGCCUCCAUCGACUUGGAAAGACUGAUGUUCCAGUCUAUGAUGGUUCAUGGACAGAAUGGGGAGGACAUCCAGAUGCACCAGUUUCCACAUCUGAAGUGUAGAUUCUACAUGCUUUCAAGAAGUGCAUCUACAUAUGACUUUACAAGGUCUACCUUGUCCGUUUAAUUUCUUAUUGGUGAAUAUGACAGCAGCGGUUGUAUCAUGGAAUAAUGAAUAGUAUUAUAUUCAAAGAUAGUUGUGGCACAUAAAUAUGUCAACAGUCUCCUAGGGUGGGAAGCCAAAAGAGGGUCUGGAGACGAGUUGCCAAUGGAUUCUAAUCCUGUCAGAACUUAUUAUUGCUUUUAUGCUACACUGUUGUGGUAGGAUUUGGAUGCUAGUAGUAUGGAUCUAGUAGGCAGGGGAAAUCAGACCUGUUUUUGAAAGAGAGUGCAAGCUCGCCGGAAAAUGUUGUUCAAAGGAUUAUCAGCCCAUUCACAAGGUGGAGGGGGUAUUGUAUUCAAAAUAUUAAUGGUUAAGUGGGUUAAGUUGAAUUCAU